AAGAUAUUAGAGAUCCUGAUAUUGCAAAAAUGAAAGGAAGGCCGAGUGGUACUAAGUAUGAAAAUACAGGUGCUAAACAUGCUACUAAAAAAAUAUAUGCCUAUGGUAUUUGCAAAAACUCAGAGCAUAAUUCUAGAAGUUGCCCAAGCAAG